CGUCGCGAGCGGCAGCUCAUCUCGUGCACGAUGCUGGCCUUCUCCCUCUCGUCGUCCGUCGCCCUCAACCUCUUCGGCGGCAAGAAGCCAGGCCGAGGCACGCUUUACUCGGACAUCACGCAGACGAUUGGCAAUACGCCGGUCGUCAAGAUCUCGGACAAGCUCAACCCGUACCCGGUCGACGUGUACGCCAAGUGCGAGUUCUUCAACCCGCUCGCGUCGGUCAAGGACCGCCUCGCCCUAGCCAUCAUCCAGGACGCCGAGGAGCGCGGCGCGCUCAAGCCGGGCGACACCGUCGUUGAGGCGACGUCUGGGAACACCGGCAUCGCCGUCGCGAUGGUGUGCGCGCAGCGCGGGUACGACUGCGUCAUCUGCAUGGCCGAGCCCUUCUCGGUCGAGCGGCGCCGGCUGAUGCGCAUGCUUGGCGCCAAGGUGAUCGUCACGCCCAAGGCGGGCAAGGGGACCGGCAUGGUGCGCAAGGCGGAGGAGCUCUGCGCCAAGCACGGCUGGUUCCUGUGCCACCAGUUUGAGAACGAGGCCAACUGGAAGUUCCACGAGGCGACCACCGGGCCCGAGAUCCUCACCGACUUCAGCGGCAAGAAGCUCGACUACUGGGUCACGGGCUACGGCACGGGAGGCACCUUCAACGGCGCCGGACGCGCGCUCAAAAAGGAGCGGCCCGACCUCAAGAUCAUCCUCGCCGAGCCGGAGGACGCCGGCCUGCUCGCGAGUGGCAUCCCGACCGAGCGGCUCGCCGACGGCGCCCCCGCCGGGUCGCACCCCGCCUUCAAGCCGCACCCGAUCCAGGGCUGGACGCCGGACUUCAUCCCCAAGGUGCUCGACGAUGCGCCCGACCAGCUCAACGACGAGCUGGUGCCCAUCCCCGCCGCCUCGGCCAUCGCCACCGCCAAGGCGCUCGCCGCCAAGGAGGGGCUCCUCACGGGCAUCUCGGGCGGCGGCACGAUGUGGGCGGCGCUGGAGACGGCCAAGACGGCGCCUGAGGGGUCGGUCAUCCUCGCCAUGCUGCCCGACACGGGCGAGCGCUACCUCUCCACGCCGCUCUUCGCCGACAUCGAGGCGGACAUGAACGAGGAGGAGCUCGAGAUCGCAACCUCGACGCCCUCCUUCCAGCUCGUGCCCGGCAAGGAGCCCGUCCUCGCCGCCUGAGCGACGUCGCCCCUCCUCUCCUCUGGGCGGCUCCGACGAGCUGCCCGCCCGCGCGCGACGAGCAUGCAUGCUACUUGCUACAGGGAUAAACACGCCGAUGACCACCGGACCCCGGCUCGCGGAGCACGGACCGGCGCCCCCGCGGUCGAUAGAGUUCAGGCUUUUAGGAGAGCCGAGAGAUACGCGGUGGUACCGGCUUUACGCGAAGGACGGGACACUCAUACUAUCGUGUUUUU